GUUUUCACAUUGUCAUUAUGGAGUACUGAGUAUAGAUUAAUGAGAAAAAAAUGAAUUUGAACAACUGUAGAAUCAGGCUGCAGCAUAACAAAAUUGAUAAAAGUGAAGGGGUCUGAAUACUUUCUGAAUGCACUGUAUGUACCUUUUUAUUACCAAAUAACAAGGUAAAAAUUCAAAAAUAUAUUUUUUCCCCUGGGAUCUACUCUCAAAAAUUCUAUUCAUUGUAAACUUGAAAAUAGAGAAAAUUUGGGUUUAAAACGUUACUCACAUUUCACAUAAAAAACACGCUAAAUUCUACAAGACAAAAAAACAAACACGUGAGGCCCUUCAGAUUGUGAACCGCUAAAUUGUAGUUUGCUUAUUUAAAGCCUAAAUCCAGCAUUGGGUGAAAAAACACAGAUUUGCUUUCGCUUAACGUGUGACACCGAUCUCCCCCCAAAGCGCCCACACAGAAAAAAGCAGAAGUCUUGUGGCAGAGAGGGCAAAGGACCGACAGGUGGCGCUGCCUCAGAGCACGGGCAAGGGCGGCGAAGCGGGAGCCGUCGACGAUCACCAGAAGCCGCAAUCGCUGCAUUGAAGCGGACGCGUUUUAGACGCGUAUCCCUCCGCUGGUCUUCUCCGCGGUGGAGCGCUGGCGGAGAAGUGCUGGCGGGACAAUGGAAACACAGGCGCAAGGUGCGUGGCUUAGCUGGUCCUUCUGGGAAGCCGCGGGCGUUUGUUCCCAUUCUUCUUGUUUGUUAGAAAAACAAACAUUCCAUGAGACAGAUGGAGACACCAUCACUGAUGUUGAUUUGACCAAUGUGAUUUCUGAAGAAGAGCGAGAAGAAUUAAAAGUUGAAGUAAUCCAGCUAGAGGAUGAAAUUGCAACUUUACGCCAAGUUUUAGCAGCCAAAGAGAAGCACCUUAUGGAAAUAAAGCAAAAACUGGGCAUCAAUCUGAUGAAUGAGCUGAAGCAGAACUUCAGCAAAAGCUGGCAUGAUGUUCAAAUUACUACUGCGUAUAAGAAGACCCAAGAAACUCUGACUCAAGCAGGACAAAAGGCCACAGCAGCUAUCAGCAACGUUGGAACAGUUAUCAGCAAGAAGUUUGGAGAUAUGAGGUCACAUUCCCUUGGCAGGUAUUCUAUCCGCCACUCCAUGAGUAUGCCUGCUAUGAGGAAUUCUCCUACAUUCAAAUCCUUUGAAGAAAAAGUUGAGACCACUGUUACAAGCAUUAAGGGCUGAGUCUGAAGUUGUAGGACAGCAUUGAGAAUAUACCUACACAGUACUAGGCAGAGAUUGGCUGGGAUGCAACCAAAUGGCCGGUAGUGCUGCAGAAGUAACUGCUAGCUGUCCUUCUAUAUUACCCAUUUUAUUCUAUUUAUGCUUAUAAGUGAUUUUACAUCAUAACUUCUACACUACACAAUUGUGUCCAUUUUUAAAAUGGCAUGUAUCAUCUUAAGAAAUUUGUUCAUGUAUGUUUUUAUAAUGAAUUUAAAAAAAAGAUCAGAUUAUUGUUCAAGCUAUUUACCUAUUCUGUUUUUCCUGGGGUAAACAACAAAGCUGUUUUUGCCUGUUUUAUGUUUAUGUGCCUGUUUCUGACUGUUAAAAAAAAAAACCAGCCUCUUCAUUAUUAUAUGUGCCAUUGGAAUGAGGACUGGAAUCAAAAACAAUUAUGUCACAAAGUUUUCUGUCUAAAGAAGCAAUGAUAUACAUGCCUUUAGUACAAAGUACUGAAGAAAUAUUAAAAAACAUGAGAUAAUUUUGGUAUAGUCAAUCAGUAAAGUUUGGUCUAUAUAAAUAUUUCCAAUAUCCUUGCAAACGUAGCAUGUACCAAUUUAAUCUGAUAACAAUCUGAACCAGAUUAUAUCCUUGCUUGCCUGCAGUUGUUUGAAUUGUAAUAUUUUUCUAUCUUUUCCAUUGGAGUAAAAUAAGUGUGCCUAUGCCACAGACCUGAGCAUAUUUAGACUUUUUAAAGAGAAUAUUUAAAAUUUCAAUUCUUAAUAGAGGGCUGGACCUUUAAACUAUGUUAAAAAAUAAUAAAUCUUGUAAAGCAUGACUUCUGAACCUAACAAAAAACUGAUAUCGAAAAGAUAUAGAGCUCAAUUAAAUUUAUGAAGCACUA